CUGCUGCGCACAAGCUUGUGGCAGAUCUUUGCCUCUGCAGACCUCAAUCCAUGUGAAAUUGACUUACCCACUAUCAUGCAUGCAACUUCGUGCAUGUCGUCAGCAUGCUAUUCACUCUACUCUUGUGGCCUCUAUUUUUGCUGUCGGUGCAGGCUGCCUUUGUGCGCCGUUGGGAAUGCGGUCCUUCGGAUCAAAGUCUGAAUGAUCCUAUUUUCCGGCAGUUGACUUUGGAUGGUGCUUUCAAGUCGACGGACAAUACGACAACGUUGAAUUUGCAGCUAACCGGGCAAUUUACGUCUCGUUCUUGUGACAGUCUCGAUGGAUCCUCGGCGCAGAUGGUUGUCGAUGCUAGAGUGCUGGGCCGUUCCGUAGGCUAUCAGGGGCGGACUAUGGGCACUUGUGUGGAAAACCUCUAUCGUGACCAUUCAAGGACGGGCCUGCGGGAUUAUGCGAUCUACCAAACUUCUUAUUAUUUCAACCAUACGUAUGCCCUCCACACCUUGGAUACCACCAUCCGUCUCCGAUUAGAUGGCAGCGAGAUUACUUGUGUCGCUGCUCAUAUAACACCAUAUAUCGGCUCGACGGCAUCUGUUCUCCUCAAAGCCGUUCCGUUUAUUAUUAUGGUUCUAUUUGGCCUAGCCACGGGCCCAUUGAAGAUCUGUCGUAGGAAUGGACGAAGCAUGUUUCGGUACGAGUUGGACGACUCGUCGAACGACCCAGCGCAGUCGCAUGUUCAAGGACUGGGUGACUGCUUACAAUACCUUCAAUUUAUCUUUCUGAGCGGCUCCCUGACACUCGCGUACCCUGGCUUCUACCAAGCGAUCGUCAGCCAACUGGCCUGGUCGUCGCUCAUCUUCAAGAAUUGGCCUGUCACGCAUCAGUUCGCCUACCCUGGUGUCAUGGGUGGUUUUUACUCAACCAAUUCAACCUGGGGACUGGAGGAGAUGAGCCAGGUAUUAGGUGGGACUACUUUGAGCGAUCUCUGGGUUAAUGCCAUUGUCAACCUCAUCCUGGUAAUCCUCGGGACAGCAGUGAUCAUGCAAAUCCCGUUCCUCAGCGAAUGGAUACCCAGGAGUUUUCGAACACGACAAUCAGCUGCAUUGUUAGAUUUUCGGACAGAAUCGUUGACCCAGUUCCAACGGACUGGAUGGAGCGUGAUCCGAACUGUGCUCGAUCGCUUUCUCCUUCCGAUAGUCGCAUAUUCCUCGUUCCAGCCAAUGCUGGCAUCGUGGUUUCCGGUGUAUUGGACGUUUAUGGCGGUCUCGUUUGUCGGCUUUCUUGCCGUGUCACUGGGAUUUACUGUCUGGUACUUGGCCAAGAAUGACAGACAGAGUGCCUUCUUUCGGCAUACAUCCUUCCCGCGACGUCAAUCUCGAGAUUGGUUCUCAAGUGCGUUAUACGGUGUUCCUAUCAUAAGGGGCGUGGCUAUCGGAGGGUUGCAACACUCCGGGCUAAGCCAGAUCAUCGUUCUCAUAGCCUGCGAGGUUCUAAUCCUUGGCUACAUGCUAUGGAAUUGCCGGCAUGGGCCAGUGUGGAGACAUACAUGCUUCUCUGUCGCGAGGCUGGCCAGCAUCGCCAUGAUCUGUGGAUUUAUUCCCAACGCGGCCGUGAGCGAGAGGAGCAAAGGACUCCUGGCAUACAGCAUUCUCCUUGUGCAUGCUGGUGUGUUGUUGCUCGGGUUUCUGGGUCCUUGCCUGGUUGAUGUGGCCAGAUUCUCCCUGCAGGAGAUGGGACUCAUCAAGUCUCCUGCGGAUGACGUUGCACCGUCAAACCGAGCACCGGUCUUUGGCAUCGGCCAACUCUCACACCGGUCGACGAGAAACAUCUCCUUCACGGAGCUUCCCGCGCUCCGCCCUGCAGCAUACACCGAUCGAACAGGAGUCUACGCGCCAGACCCCUAUCCAUCGUUCUUUCGUCCUCCCCGGCCUGGAACCCCCGGCUCCUCAUCCCGUAGCCUGGCCCCUUCCAAACUCCCAUCCCAGAGUGGAAGUGAAUCCGGUGAAUCGACAGAAUCAAGCAUGGACUCGGUGGAUCUGAGUGUCCUCGACAGCGAAAUAGGAACCGAGAGGAGCGAUGUGGAUUAUUCGAAACGCGAGGCGGAUCAAUAUUACGGUCGGCCGAUGGUUGCCCGGAGGCCUGCUGAUCCCGAGCGGGCGGAUGAGCAUCCGGCUUCGGCGGGAAGUUGGAGAUGGCAUCGACAGUCGAAGACGAAGGGGUUUGAGGUUUUGCGGCCGGGACGUCGUGGGUUGUGAUUUCAGCAAUAUAUGAAUGAAUUUAACCCCCUAGCUGCACUAGUUGAUUCCACACCGGUCGAACUAGAUACAGGUCUAGGCACCAGAAGCAACUCUACCUCAAAAGACCCCUACGAAUAACCUGUCCAUCUGAAUGAUAGAUGACCGAUAGGGCGAUUGGGAAA